UGAGGUGAGGAACAAAAAAAAAAAAAAAAGCUGAGGGAGGGAAGGAGAGAGCUGAGAACCAGGAGGGGGAUUGCGUUUUUCUUCUUUGGGGUCUGGACUCUGAAAAAGAGGAGGAGGAGGGGGAACCCGAAAAAACAGAGAGAGAACAAGAACGGGGAAAUUUUCCAGGAGAGAAAAAUUUAGAAUCGGUGGUGAGGAAUCCUGCCUUGAGAUGUUUCAUGUUUAGAACACAAUAAGGGACAAUGAUAGAGGGUGUUCGUAUCAGGCUGAACCCGUGGCAGCAGGCAGCAGUUGCCCUUGGUUCUGCAGUUGGUGCAUUACUAGACCCACGAAGGGCUGAUCUUAUAGCUGCUCUUGGGGAAACAACUGGAAAACCUGCUUUUGAAAGAGUUCUGGAAAGGAUGAAGCAAAGCCCAGAAGGCAGAGUAGUCCUCUUGGAGAAACCUCGUGUUAUAUCUUCAGAAGUGGGGCAUGCGUGGGAUAUGCCAGCCAACACUUUUGGUGCUGCUUAUGCAAGAUUCAUGGGAUCAAGGAAUUUCUCCCCAGAUGACCGCCCACCAGUCCGGUUUAUGGACACAGAUGAACUUGCAUAUGUAGCAAUGCGUGCUCGAGAGGUACAUGAUUUCUGGCAUACCCUGUUUGGUCUUCCCACCAACUUGAUUGGAGAGUCUGCUCUUAAAGUGAUUGAGUUUGAGCAAAUGCAUUUGCCUAUGGCCCUGCUUUCUGUUUUUGGGGGCACGGCAAGAUUUAACGAGAAGCAAAGGACUUUAUUCUUCAAGCAUUAUUUCCCAUGGGCUAUCCGGGCUGGCAUGCAAUGCACAGAUCUCAUGUGCGUGUAUUAUGAGAAACACUUUCACGAGGAUUUGGAGGAGGUUCGAAGAAAAUGGGGGAUAGUACCUGCUCCAGCAGCUCUCAAAUAAAUUGGUGUAACUGGUGGGGAAAUGCCUUGUUGGUUAGAUACUGUAAGUCAUGCACAAGAAGUUGUGUUUAUAAUCUGAAAUUUGUUUGAACACCUCAAGCAAUGAAUAAAUUACCUGGAAGCAAUUAUUCAGUCUUCCUUGUAUCCAAUCUAA